CCUGACUCUGACCUGCCCUAAGCCUGAACCCUGGCACUCUUCUCUUUGGGGAGGGGAGGGGAGGAAAACAAAGUCUGAGCAGCCUCCAGAACAGGGUGGGCAGAGCGCCGGCCACAGCGCUCCUGCUUCCGGCCCAGUCACCUGCCCAGCUGCAGACGCAGGUCCAGGUGGGCAGUGACACUCUGGGUGGGGAAGGGGAGAGGCAGAGCAGCACCUGGCAGGUGUUUGAGGGACAACUUCCUUCUUGCUGUCCAACAGACCAGGCCACUCUGAUGCUGGUGACACCCUGGGCUCCCAAGGCCUGGUCUUUGGCCCUGCCCACCAACGCAGCCAAGGUGGGCUGAGCCCCAGAGUGGUAGAGUCUGCCAACUGCUGCCCACUCCCCCCAGGACCAGGCCUGCCCCACCAUGAGGCUGACCUGGAAGGAACGGGUCAUGACAGCCCUGCUGGGGGCUGCAGUGGCCUCAGGCAUCACCACACUCAUUCUCAUCCUGGUGGAGGCCACCAACGUCUUCCUGCCCACAGACAUCAAGUUUGGGAUCGUGUUCGAUGCCGGGUCCUCCCACACAUCCCUCUUUGUGUAUCGGUGGCCCGCAGACAAGGAGAAUGACACAGGUGUGGUCAGCCAGGCCCUGGCCUGCCGGGCAAAAGGGCCCGGAAUCUCCUCCUACGCCUCCAGCCCCGACCAGGCUGGUGAGAGCCUGCAGGGCUGCCUGGAGGAGGCACUGAAACUGAUUCCAGAGGCACAGCACCAAGGAACCCCUAUGUUCCUGGGGGCCACCGCCGGCAUGCGGCUGCUCAGCCAGAAGAACAGCUCUCAGGCAGCAGACAUCUUCGCAGCGGUCACUCGGGUCCUGCGCCAGGCGCCUGUGGACUUGUGGGGCGCUGAGCUCCUGGCCGGGCAGGAUGAAGGCGCCUUAGGGUGGAUCACCAUCAACUACGUCCUGGGCUUGCUAGUCAAGUACUCCUUCUCUGGGGAGUGGAUCCGGCCUCCGGAGGGGACGCUGGUGGGAGCCCUGGACAUGGGUGGGGCUUCCACCCAGAUCACCUUCGUGCCCGGAGUUCCCAUUCUGGACAAGAGCACUGAGGCCACCUUCCGCCUCUACGGCUUCGAGCACCAAGUCUACACCCACAGCUACCUCUGCUUCGGGCGGGACCAGAUGCUCCUCAGGCUCCUGGCGGGGCUGGUGCAGAGCAGCCCGGUCCCCCGAGUCCGUCACCCAUGCUAUCACAGUGGCUACCAGGGCACGCUGUCCCUGGCCUCUGUGUUCGAGACGCCUUGUGUGCACGCCACAGCGCCCCCAGGCCUCCCCCAGAACCUCACUGUGGAAGGGACGGGGAACCCCGGGGCCUGCGUCUCAGCCAUCCGGGACCUCUUCAACUUCUCCAGCUGCGAGGGCCGAGACAACUGUGCCUUUAGUGGGGUCUACCAGCCGCCCGUGCGGGGCCCGUUCUACGCUUUCUCCAACUUCUACUACACCUUCCACUUCCUGAACCUCACCUCGGGGCAGCCGCUGGCCACCGCAAACACUACUGUCUGGGAAUUCUGCCAGAAGCACUGGAAGCUGGUGGAGACGGCCUGGCCGGGACAGGAGCGCUGGCUGCGUGACUACUGUGCCUCAGGCCUAUACAUCCUCACGCUCCUAGUCCACGGCUAUGGUUUCAGCGAGGAGACCUGGUCCAGCAUUGAGUUCCGGAAGCAGGCCGGGGGCACCGACAUCGGCUGGACACUGGGCUACAUGCUAAACCUGACCAGCAUGAUCCCCGCCGAGCUGCCCGCCCAGUGGCGGGCACAGAGCUAUAGCGUCUGGGCAGUCAGCAUCGUCUUCAUGGUGGUGACCCUUGUGGCUGUCCUCGCCGUGGCUGUGGCCCAGCUUCUCUGGCCUCAUGAUUAAGCCAGCCACCUCCUGGUGCCGGCAGGAGAGGCCCACCUCCCACAGCCAGGCGGGACCACCCCAGCCUGGACGCAUGAGCUGGCCGGAGCUGUGCUGAGACCCUGACCCCUGAGGGGCCCCUGACAGUCUUGUCCUGUGGGCUCUGCCGUCAGGGUCGCUCUGGCCCAGGAGGCUGUGCCUCACCUGGGGCCUCCCGGGGCCUCCCGUCCUGGCACCCCGAGUCCCCUCUUCCACUGUGCUUUCCAGGGCAGCAGGGCCUUUCUGCACAAACACCAGGCUGCCAGGACCCUGCAGCACAUUCUGACGCUGUGACUCCGGCAUCAGAGAGAUGGGGGCCGGUCCAGCCUGGGAGGGGGGCGUGACGGCUGGAGCAAGCAGGGGCCUGGCUCCCUGGGAGGGGCCAGCAGAGCCUCGGGAAGAGGCUGUGGGGAAGGCCCAGCCGGGACCCCUGCUGUUGCCUGGCCUGAGAGGCCAUGGGCUUCUCAGAAAGCAGCCACCUCACACUCUCGAGCCUCAGAAGCUAAGAGGCUGAGCCCAGGACACGGGUCACAUCUUGGUGAGCAGAUUGCUUUUAUUAAACCUUCCUGUCACGCGA